GACAACAACAAACCAUUACACAAUGCUAUCUUGAAACAAGAUAUAAAGACAAUCAAGUCAUUACUAUCGGCUGGUGCUAAUGUUUUUUCAGUUGAUAGGCCCAGCUUAACACCCUUGCAGUUUGCCAUUGAAAAAAAUAAAUCAGUUGCUGUGGAAUACUUAUUAAAAGAAGGAGCUGUAAUUUCAGUCGAGAGCAUACCAACAAAACUAUCGACUGCUCUGUUUAAUGUCUUCUAUCGACAUGCUAUUAAAAAUAAUUUGGAAGAUAUUCUUACAAAAAUUGGUAGCCCAAAGCAAUCAGACAACGAAAGUGUACCGGAGAAUGAGGCCCAAAGUCGAAUUGAUGAACCUAAAAGAAAAAAAACUAAAAAGACGUUGGAUGUGAUGCUUUGUUCAGCUGUAAAUAAGGGUGAUGCUGCCGAGGUUAAACGUUUGUUGGAGCAGGGUGCAAGUUGUAAUUGCAAAGAUGAA